CGUAUAAAAUCCGGCUGCCAGCAAAACUGUUCUCAGCCCUAGUUUUAGAGGGAAAAUGUGUCGUUUUCGUUCGCAGUUUUUCACCGCAACUGCUUUCAAUUCUUAUCUGUUAACAGUGCCGAUUGAAGAUUUUUAUUUGAAGAGACGUUACACUAAAAACUGGUCGUCGAUCGGCUGAUUUUUUGCGAACGUUAUUAUUAUUUUUGUACGAAAAUGCCAAGGACCAAGAAGAGGAGUUCGAGAGGGGGGCAGCAGAGAGCUGUGCAGCCUUUUAGCGAUGAGGACGCCUCCAUCGAAACGCUCAGCCACUGCAGCAGCUUCAGCGACUCGGCCAGCGUGACAGAGGAAGGAGGGGAAGGGACCGAGGAUGGAGCCUUGGAGGACUUGCAGUACAAGCUGAAGGGUUUCAUCGACAGUACUGUGGAUAAAAGUGCUAAGACCAGGCAGGGAGCUCUGGAUGCACUGAAAACUGCCAUGGCAACGAAAAUCCUGUAUGAGUUUAUUCUGGAGAGAAGGAUGACUAUCACUGACAGCAUCGAGCGCUGCCUAAAGAAAGGUAAAGGGGAGGAGCAGGCAGCGGCCGCCUCCCUGGCCUGCCUCCUCUGCAUUCAGCUGGGCUCCGGGAUCGAGAGCGAGGAGGUCUUCAAGACCCUCAAACCCGUCUUCAAGAACAUCCUCUCCGACGGAGCCGCCAACAUCCGCGCCCGGCAAGCCUGUGCCACAAGCCUGGGCGUCUGCACCCUGGUUGCGGAAGAUGACCUCUUGGACGUGUAUGCCACCAUGGAGAGCUUCGAGGCGCUGUUCACGCGGUCCUACGCCCGGCCGGACGGGACGCGGCCGGCCCUCAGCCCGCAGGUCACCGUGCUGCACAUCCACGCGCUGCUGGCCUGGGCUCUGCUGCUCACCAUCUGCCCCGGCGCCGAGGUCAAGGCCGUGCUCAGGAAGCACCUGCCCAAACUGCCCAGCCUGCUGGAGUGUGAGGAUGUGAACAUGAGGAUCGCAGCGGGGGAGACCAUCGCCCUGCUGUUCGAGCUGGCCCGGGACCUGGACGCUGAGUAUGAAUAUGAAGACCUGGAGCCCCUGUGCGUGAAGCUGAACGCUCUGGCCACCGACUGCAACAAGCACCGAGCCAAGAACGACAAGAGGAAGCAGAGGUCCGUCUUCAGAGACGUGCUGCGGGGCGUGGAGGAGGGCGGCUUCCAGACGGAGACGAUCCGCUUCGGCACAGAGCACAUGGACAUCAACAGCUGGGUGCGGAAGCGGACCUACGACGCCUUCCGGGAAUUCGUCGGCUCGGGAAUGAACUACCAUCUGCAGGCGAACGAGUUCAUCCGUGACGUGUUCCAGCUCGGACCACCGAUGAUGGUGGACUCUGCCACACUGAAGGCAAUGAAGAUCUCCCGUUUCGAGAGGCACCUCUACAAUGCAGCUGCGUUUAAAGCCCGCACAAAGGCCAGGAACAAGUUUCGGGACAAGAGAGUGGACUUUGGGGAAUUCUAGAUCUUUAUUUGGGGUCCAGCUUGCUCUUUUUUAUAUUAUCAUUACAGUAAUACCAUUUUAAACAAAUGUAUAUUAGCGCUAGUAUUGUUAAAUUAUCCAUAUUUAUUUUGAUUUGUAUACAGUACAUCAUGCAAUUAUUUUUCCAUUUGAAUAACCGUGUCCUUGGUAAAGUUAACAUUUGUAAGUUGCACUACUUUAGUUGUCCUGUGGGUAUUGUAUUGAAAGCUCGCAUGAUGUGUUUUGUAUUUUGAUCUGUAGCUUUAGUUGUGUUUUGCCUGGUGGGAAGAGCGCUGGCAGACUGAUGCGAGUCAGACUGUGAGUGCAGUCAGAGAUGGCUGACGCCCGCCCCUUUGUAUAAGCCUGAAUCUCCGGCGGAAAACCACGGUUACUGUGCCCCUUUCAUACAGACAGACACACAGACCGAGACAAAUGCAACACACUCUGGGAGAGGAUAAUAAACUUCUA